AUGCAAGUGGACAGUAUCCUGAGGGCCAACGAGUACACCCACGAGUUUAAAGGGGGAUCGGUGAAAUCCUACGACUCGAACCAACUUCCGUCCAAUAACCCGAUCGAAGAUACACGCUCAGAAGCUUCAUGUCUCCUUACCACAGGUUUCCUAGUAGGAGUAUUCGACGGGCACGGAGGCGGCGCCUGCGCCCAAGUAAUAGCCAAAAGACUAUUCAACUACAUAACCGCUUGUCUCCUGCCACACGAAAAUCUCCUACAGUACGUCCUAAACGUAAACCAACCGAAACCUCCAGACUUAUUAGAAUCGUACAACGACAACGUGCAAUUCGUCGAGGACGUCAGGGACAUUUACCGCGAGAGUUUCGUCCAGUUCGUCAAACAACUCUCCGAGGAGGGCCGGCGAGGGAGCAACGUUGAAAUACGUGCCGCGAUCGAGAGGGCGUUCCUGCGACUGGACGAGGAUCUGAGCAAAGAGGCGUUACCCAAGGACGGGAAGAUUAACGUGAAAACGUUGUCGGUGGCGAUGAGCGGAGCUGUGAGCUGUGUCGCGCACAUCGACGGACCUCAUUUGCAUGUGGCUAAUGUUGGGGACUGUUGUGCGGUCUUAG